AUACGAAACUCUCACUGGUUUAACCUUCGUGGGCACUGGACAGAUAUAUUGUAUGUGAAGUGGAUUUCUGCAGGUCGGCAAGACAAACGGACUCUGCGUUACAGGCAUAAUGAGAGUUGUAAUAGGCGGUGGCUCAGGGUUUGUGGGUCGUGAACUGACCCGUUUGUUGAAAAGCAAAGGGCAUGAAAUCACAAUCAUUUCCAGGCAAUCUGGUCCGGGAAGAAUAACUUGGGCUGAUCUAGAGUCAGGAGGUCUCCCUCCAUGUGAAGGCGCUGUGAAUCUAGCAGGGGAGAAUAUCAUGAACCCCUUGCGAUGGUGGAAUGAAAGUUACAAGAGGGAUCUUUUCUCCAGCCGUGUAGACACUACCAGAAUGCUUGCCAAAGCUAUUGCUGCCUCACCUACUCCACCACAUUCAUGGGUGCUUGUCACAGGAGUAGCGUGCUAUAAACCUAGUCUUCAAACCAAAUAUACUGAGGAGAGUAACUGGACACCAUUUGACUUCCUGUCUCGUUUGGUAAAGGAGUGGGAGGGGGCAGGACAGCUUCCUGAAAACAGUGCUAAGAAAACAAGACAAGUCAUCAUUCGACCAGGUGCAGUGUUAGGGCGUGAUGGUGGUGCUAUGAAACAAAUGAUGAUCCCCUUCUGGCUUGGCCUCGGUGGGACUCUUGGCUCAGGCCGACAGCCCUUCCCUUGGAUUCAUGUCUCAGACCUGGCUGAAAUCAUUGCCCAUGCCCUUGAGCCCCAUACAGAACCACCAUCCACAGAGCCAGAUGUACUCAAUGGAGUUGCGCCUGCACUAAAUACAAAUUUUGAAUUCACUAAGGAGUUGGGCAGGACCUUAAAAAGGCCUACUAUCUUCCCUGUGCCUGGCUUUUUCUUGGAUGCCUUCCUGGGUUCUGAGAGAGCUGUUAUCCUCACACAAGGCCAGAAAGUGGUGCCCAAGAGAACUCUAGAGUCAGGCUUUGAGUUUAAAUUCCCAGAUCUUACUUCUGCUUUAAAGGAAAUUGUUGGACAAUAGUGAUCAGUCAAAACACAAGCCCCUUGGUCAAAUAAGGAAGAGCAGAUACAGUACCUUGAGAGAUUUGGGAAAAUCAAAAUGAGUUCUCUAUUAAAAGUGUGGAAUUUAACUGCAUUAUCUCUACUGUAAAUAUAUUUCAUUUUUAGAAAAUCAUAGGUUUACCUCUCAUCAUUUUGAAUGGCUAUAUUUGGCUCAACAGUCUGAUCCAUGAUUACUCUACAAAUAAAGUUUACAACAAAUCUCCUCAGAUGCCAUGGGCACAUCUAUACUCAGGCAGCCAAAUUAGAAUAUUUUGCAUUACAUCCUCUUCUUAAAGGAAUAGUUCACCCAAAAAUCUUUUACUUACUCUCAUUUUGUUCCAAACCUGUAUGGCUUUCUUUCUGAAAGGAUAUGUUAGGAAGUAAAAUGUUAUUCUCAGGCACCAUUCACUUUCAUUGGAACUUUUAUUACAUAAUAUGAAAGUGAAAGGUGACUAAGGCAAAGUCAACAUCUCCUUUUGAAUUCCAUGGAAGAACGUAAUACAGGUUUGGAACAACAUGAGGGAGGGUGAAUUAUGACAGAAUGUUCAAUUUUUGAAUGUUCAUAGCUGUCCUUUUAACACCAAAAUCAGAUCAAAGCUGCCCUUGAAUAAACAGCCAUUAAUCCCUAAUUAAGUUUUGUAUUUAAAAAAAUAUUACUAUAGACAUACUUCAGGAUCUUGAUCUUAGCAGAUGAAGACAGUUGUAAUACUGGUCUAUUGGGCCUUUUAAUUAUGCUUUUGUGCAAGCAUAUUUUGGUGGUUUGCAUGUUUUAAAAAUACUGUAUGUAAUAUAGUAGUAUGUACAAAAUACACCUCUUAUGGAAUUCAUGCCAUUUCUGCUUUCAAUGAAACUGUAAAAAGACAAGAAAUAAUAAUAAUAAUAAUUUAAAAAAAAAUUUAAGCUCAAAAUUUAUUGUCUUCAUACAGAACUUAAAAGUACAGUUUUGUGGAACUGAUUUUGGAAUAUUUAUGACACUAA